ACCAUGUCUGCCAGAUGACGAUAACAGUGUCAAGAAAUUAUACAUUUAUUUUGUUUGUUCAGUUUGAAUCAGUCGCGUGCUCUCCGUAAGAUUAUCGCAGCAUUAUGCUCACCGAAGGCGUAAUCUGGCUUUUGGCUGGACUUACGGUAGUCUCAGCUGCACCAAUUUCUGUCUCAAUAGUUUCCAAAGAUGAAUCCGAUAAAGUCAUUAUCGAAUGCGACCCAUUAGUAAUCGGCCAUAGAGGAGCUAGCGGCUACGUCCCAGAACACACGCUGGGUUCGUACGCUUUAGCGAUUACCUUGGGUACGGACUUUGUUGAACCAGACCUAGUCAUGACCAAGGAUGGACAGCUUAUAGCCCGCCACGACAACGAAUUAGGUCUGACCACUGACGUGUCCGAGCAUCAUGAAUUUGCAUCUCGUCACCGAAAUCAAACCGUUGAUGGAAUAGAAGUCACCGGAUGGUUCACUGAAGACUUCACUCUAGAAGAGAUCAAAACACUGCGAGCAGUAGAACGAAUCCCUAAAAUCAGACUAGGCAAUGCUAGACUGAACGGAGCAUUCACCAUACCCACUUUCCAGGAGAUCAUCGAUCUUGUAAAAAGUUUGCAAAUAAGUCAAAAAAGAAUCAUCGGUAUUUACCCAGAAAUAAAACACAGCACUCAUUUCAAAACACUUGGCUUACCGAUGGAAAGGGCAGUCGUGGGCAUACUUAACAAAAACGGUUACCGAAGUCGAGAGUCUCCAAUUUACAUACAGUCUUUCGAAAUCUCCAAUCUGAAGGAACUGAAACAGUUGACAGAAUUACGGUUGCUGCAACUGUACGAGAGCAACCUAUCUCUGCAGCCGUACGACCAGGUAGUAGCUGGUACCGGAUAUACUUAUGGAGACAUGGCUACGCCACUGGGGCUGAAAGAGGUCGCGAAAUACGCUUAUGCUGUGGGACCAGACAAAACUUCAAUCAUACCACGCGAUUCAAACAACAGACUGUGCCACGCAACGAAUUUUGUCCACGAUGCGCAUUUGGCUGGAUUGAAGGUCCACCCUUACACCUUCCGAGCGGAGAACUCAUUUUUGCCUGCUGAAUUCCGAAGCAGCACUAACGAGGACGAUAUUGGUGACCUUAGUAGUGAAAUAAGAGCUUACCUCAAUGCUGGUAUCGAUGGUUUGUUCUCCGACCAACCUGACAUACCGGUUCGCAUGCGUAAAGCGUGUAAAUUAAAAUAAAACAAAUACAUAUGUAAGUGAAAGAUUGAGUAAUAAACUUUAUCACAUAUUUUAAAACCGAAAGUUUGUGAGUGUUUAUGUUUGUUACUUCUUCACGUCUAAACGGCUGGCGCGAUUUUAAUAAAAUUUGGUAUGAAGUUAGCUGACACCCUGGAUUAACACAUAGGCUAUGUUGUACUGCGGGAAAAUACCCCUAAUAAACCACGGGUAAUACCGCUGGGCACAACUAGUUUUUUAAUAAUAGUAAUAAAUUAUAUUCUCCUUCGGCACUCAAGAUCAAAUCCAAAGAUUAAAUCCUAAACUUAUAAUAUGGAAAC